UGAAACGAAGCGAAAGUAAUAAUAUAUCUGCUUAAUUCAGUGUCGGAAAUCUGUAAUUGCGUUAUAUUUGUGAUUUAUUGUGGUACUUGUAGCAUAACCUCAAAAUUAACAAAUUAUACUUGAACCUUCAUAUUUGGUGGAGAUAAUGGCUUUGCAGCUGUCUAGACGUGAGGUGGACAACUUGCGUUCGUCGUUAGAUCGUGCAAUUUACCGCACAAUUGGGAAAUCUGAUAGUUCGCUGUUGUCAACAGUUGCGUCUUGCCUGACUAAUGGCUAUGAACGAAGGAAGAUCAUAGAUAAGAUAUCUUCUCACAUAGAUACAAAGAAAGCAAGUAAACUGGCAGACAAAGUGUUGGCUUUGGCUCAGGAACUUAUAUCAAAUUCAAAGACAUCUAAGAGAAAAUAUGAGUCUUCAAGUGACAAAGAUCGAGAUACAAAAAGGUCUAGACAUGAUGAAAAAGAGAUAAAAGAAGAGAAGCGGGAGUCUAAAAUUGAGAAGGAGAGACAAGAGAAAGAGGAUGAGAAGAAAGUUGGUAACGGAAUGGAGUUGCCGAUAAUUCUACCUGAAGGGGAGACUGUCGGAUCCAAAAUGGCAGGCCUUAGUGCUGAUAAGAUUAAGUUAAUGAUGGCGAAUGCACAGAAGGAGAUUGAGGAACGAAAGCGUGCUUUAUUAGCGUUGAAGGGUGAGCAGAGACCGAGUGUGAAUGCUGCUGUGGCGGCCGCGCAACAACUCAAAGUACAGAUGCAGCAAAAUAAUGCGAUACCACCGCCAAGUGUUAUCAAACCUGUCCUUUAUUCUAGGCCAUCUGCAGCUCAGUUGAGUCAAGAGGAGUUGGAGAAGCAGAGGAAGAUAGCUGAACUUCAAGCCAGGAUACAGAGGAAGUUGGCAGGUGGAGCCCUAGCGUCAGCAGGUAACGCGGGUCCUGCGCCCCUCAUCCUGGACAGGGAGGGGCGUACUGUGGACACCAGCGGCAAGAGAGUCCAGCUGACACAUGUCGCACCCACUCUUAAGGCGAAUAUUCGUGCAUUACGUCGUGAGGAGUUCAAGGCUCAGCUGUCCAGUGGAUCAGCAUCCAGUGUGCCAGCAGCCAGCGCACCUUGGUAUGAUGAUCGUGUGGAGAGCAAGCCUCCAGUACGAGCACGAAGAGCUCUGCGCUUCAACGAGCCCGGCAAGUUCCGACAUCUUGCUGAUAGACUUCGGAUGAAGGCACAACUAGAGAAGCUGCAGAAUGAGAUUAGUCAGAUCGCGCGGAAGACGGGCAUCUCUUCUGCUACCAAACUUGCCCUACUCGCAGCGGAUACGCCCGACAGUGACCGUUUACCCGACAUCGAGUGGUGGGACAGCGUAAUCCUGAUGACUCCAGAAGAGAGAGAAGAGAAGAGAAAGAGAAGUGCACCGACAGGAGACAGCAGGACUGAUACUCAGAGAGUAGAUGACUGUAAUGUGGGCGAUGAUGACAUUGUUGAGAAUUUAAAUGAAGAUGCCAUCACCAAUCUUGUUGAACAUCCGCAGCAAUUGAGGCCACCAACGGAGCCAUUAAAGCCGACGUAUAUGCCGGUGUUCCUCACAAAGAAGGAGAGGAAGAAGUUAAGAAGGCAGAGUAGACGUGAAGCUUGGAAGGAGGAGCAGGAGAAGGUCCGAUUAGGUCUGGAGGCACCACCAGAGCCUAAGCUCAGGAUAUCGAACCUGAUGCGCGCUUUGGGUACGGAGGCGGUACAAGAUCCAACCGCCAUUGAGGCCAAGGUGCGGGAACAGAUCGCCAAGCGCCAGAAGACGCAUCAAGACGCCAACAAGGCGAGGGCACUGACCAAGGAGCAGAAGAGGGAAAAGAUUGACAGAAAGAUAAGAGAAGAUACGUCGAUGGGAGUUCACGUGGCUGUUUAUAGAGUGAAAGAUCUGUUUGAAUGCGCUUCAGCCAAGUUCAAGGUGGAGGUGAACGCGAAGCAGCUUCACAUGACGGGCUGCGUGUUGCUGCACCGCGGCUGCUGCCUCGUUGUUGUUGAGGGCGGGCCAAAGCAGCACGACAAGUAUAAGAGGCUGAUGCUGCAUCGUAUAAAAUGGGAGGAGGAUAUGGUGAAGGAUGCUGAAGGUGCGGAGGUGCCAAAUGCGUGUCAUCUUGUAUGGGAAGGUGUCACAAAACAUCGUGCCUUCGGAGAGAUUAAAUUUAAGGUGAUGCCAACAGAGAAACAGGCUCGGGAACAUUUCCAGAAGCAUGGCGUGGAGCAUUACUGGGACCUGGCUUAUAGUGGUGCUGUCCUCGGAACUGCAGUUGACCAACCCUAGCUGACCUCCAUCUACAACAUCAUGACUAGACAACGCGGCUCUAGAUGAACUAGAUAAUAGACCAAUAUUACUUGACCCCUGAAAAUAUCUUGCUGUCUAGACAACAGGUGUCUAGUUAUACUAGAUAAUCAUAAGCCAAUUUUACUUGACCUCUACCUGCAACUAGCUAUCUAGGAAAUGGGGGUCUAGUAGUCUACACCGAUCGACUAUUUCUAUUAGACGCAAACAGCUAGUUAAAGGGGUUCUAGCACAGACCUCUAAGAUAUAAACGAGUUAGACAGGCUGCUAUUUGUAAAUGACGGCUAUUUUUUGUGCCGAUUAGAAGAUUCCGGUCAUCAGAUAGGCAUAAAAUAUUAAAGCUCCAAGCCUGUCUAGUAUUCAUAUUAAUAGAGGUCGUUGGAGUUUAGAUAAUCGUCAUAAGUCAUAGGUAUUUUA